UUAAUUUGGAUCACGUUUGACACAGAUAUGGAGGGCCGAACAGUCUAUCCUCUGGGGUUCCUGUGUAUGUUUUAAUGACUAAACAAUCUGGUCAUGAUUGUUUAAGUGAUACAGUAUCCUAAGAUCUUUAACAGUAUUUAGGGAGAAGUUACCUCUAGUCAAAUGACAAUAUCAUACUCCCUUGGUACAGUCCAAUACAAACAUACAUAUUUGUGUUUAAAUUUCUAUAAUGAUUCUUGAACCCAGAGGAUAAAGCCUGAAUUUGCAAAUGUCAGUAUAUAAAGCUAAAUAUUUACGAAAAGCAAAAGGGGAGGGGGGGAGGAAUCUAAUUAUACUUUACAUUACAUGCAAAUAUUAACUUUCAAAUAGAUAACGAUCGCCGCUCCAUUACAACAGGAAAAGUUAAUUGACAACUAUUAAUUUUUCCAGAUUGAAAGCCCUAAAAUGUGCCCUUGGAGAGUAAAAGCAGCGUUUCUCAUCGCUAUGGCCUGUCUGCUGACAUCAAUUCGUGAACGCUCAACCUUGUCGAAUUUCAAGAGGUCUCUCAAGCGCGAAAUCGAUCAUUAAUAACGAGCCAGAGAGACCCGUGCGGCGGGUCGGGCGCGCACUUGGGACACACGUUACAUAUCGUCCUGCCGGCCGAUCAGUUCCACUCGGGGGAACAGGAGACGGUUCACAUCGUGCUUCUGAAUCUCGCAUCCCUAAAUCCAGCAGGUUGGAAGUGUCUGACGCCAUUUCCUGGGCUGUAUUCACGCAUGCCCAAGACCGCAGAGGGGAUUUGGAUAAUUUCUUGCGGGACUCGCACCUCCGUUUGCCUGCAAGCUGCAAUUUCAAGCCGGCUGGUGUGAGUGAUCAGCCCGCCUUUCCUUACAUUGUAUCGGCUCCCUUGUUACCUUUCGAUUAGCUUCCUUCCUCCCUGCCUGCUUCUCCCUCCAAGCGAUCGGAUCGCAGAGGGAGGAGGAGGCAGCGAUGUUGGGCUUCUUGCGGCGGACACUCGGGCGCCGAACGGUGCGCCGAUACACCGAGAGGGAGAAGCAGAGAGAGGCGCAGAGAUCCGGCACUCACAUCCCGGCGGCUGGCGACAGCAAGUCCAUAAUAACCUGCAGGGUCUCCUUACUGGACGGCAGCGAUGUCAGCGUGGAUUUACCGAAAAAAGCUAAAGGCCAGGAAUUGUUUGAGCAAAUCAUGUACCAUCUCGACAUCAUUGAGAAAGAUUACUUCGGCCUCAGGUUCAUGGACUCUGCUCAAGUAGCGCACUGGUUGGACAACACCAAGAGCAUCAAGAAGCAAGUGAAAAUUGGCCCUCCAUACUGUCUUCAUCUCCGAGUAAAGUUUUAUUCAUCUGAACCCAACAACCUGCAUGAAGAAUUAACCAGAUACUUGUUUGUACUACAGUUGAAGCAAGAUAUCCUGAGUGGCAAGUUAGAUUGCCCUUACGACACAUCAGUGCAGCUGGCAGCCUAUGCCCUUCAAGCUGAAUUGGGUGACUGUGAUCCUUCGGAAAGUGGGCCGGACUUGGUGUCUGAAUUCCGAUUUGUACCGGAUCAGGUGGAGGAGAUGGAGUUUGCCAUCUUUGAGAAGUGGAAAGAAUGCAGAGGUCAGACGCCCUCUCAAGCAGAAAUAAACUAUCUCAACAAAGCCAAGUGGCUGGAGAUGUAUGGUGUCGACAUGCACAAAGUCAAGGGAAGGGAUGGAAAUGAAUACACCCUGGGCUUGACCCCAACAGGAGUCCUGGUAUUCGAAGGAGAAACCAAGAUUGGACUUUUCUUCUGGCCUAAAAUCAUCAAACUGGAAUUUAAGAAAAGCAAGCUAACUCUAGUGGUGGUGGAGGAUGAUGAAGAGGGAAAGGAACAAGAGCACACCUUUGUGUUUCGGCUGGACCACCCCAAGGCUUGCAAGCACCUCUGGAAGUGUGCUGUGGAGCACCAUGCCUUUUUCCGACUGAGGGGACCUGUUCAGAAGAACUCAAGCCAACUGGCCUUUGUGCGGAUGGGCUCCCGGUUCAGAUACAGUGGGAGAACAGAGUACCAGACCACCAAAUCCAGCAAACCUCGGCGGCAAGUGUCCUUCGAGCGUAGGCCAAGCAGACGAUAUUCAAGAAGGUCGACACUGCAACGAGCCAAUCCUUUCAACAGAAACCUGGAACCAAGCUUGCUCAUUAAUACAGAAACUGCGAAGCAUGCCUCUCAGUCCGUGACUGUGAGGCCUACUGUCCCUGUUGUGACUGCAUUACCCAGCGUUCCUGUGCCAAUUGAAAUAGAAAAUCUUCCCAGAAGCCCAGGCCUCAACCAAUCUGACAAGAGGAGCCUGCAGAUAGCAGAUUUGUUAGACACCAAAGAGCUGUUGGAGACUUCGGUGGAUGAGGUCAUUGGAGUGCCUGUUACCAUGGCAGCACCAAGAAUUUCUGAAGAGUCUGUUCAAAGUUUGACCUCUGCUGGGACAAUUGAGAGUGCACGUGAUAAACCGGAUUCAACCGCGCUGGAGGAAGUGAUAGCGAGACUGAAACAGCUUCAGAUAGAGAGUAGUCCUGUGGCUGGCAUCGGGCCUGAUGUGAGCUUCCAUAUGAACUCCAGUAACCAGGAUGAAAUUGUGAAGACAUUGGACAAGUGCCUGAAGAACGUGGCAGAUGACAUUGGCCCAGGAUUUCCUGAAGAUGUGAAAGGCAACUUUUUGAAAACACAGGUGGUUAGAAAUGACACUGGAAGGAAUGGGAAAAGUUCUAACCCGUUUGACACAGAUUUCAGGAGCUUGGGAAUCACAGACUCUAUUUUAUUGCCGAGCAGAAUUCCAAAAUGGCAAAGUGGCGGGGAUCUGUGGAGAAAUAUGCCAACUUGUGACCCCUUCACCUGUGAUGUUCCAAGUGUGGAGGAAGCCUGUCCAAACAGUGAAGUUCCAACCAUUCCGUCUGUUCCAGCUACCACUGAGUCAGCCAAAGAGCUUCCAGCUCUAAAGGACGUUGCCGAGGACCUGGACAAUCUGCUCUCAGCUCUGAGUGAAAAUCUGAUCGACUUUACGGAUCCCAGCCCACUGGGAGGGGUCGUUGCAAACGGAGUUUUCAAUCGUGAAGCAUCAGCAACCAUGAAAGCAGUACAAGCAGUGGUUGACCCUCCACUCUUGCCCAAACCAUCUUCUACUGCAGCCCCAAUUACCAAAGGCAGCUCAACAUCAUCCACCAGCGCCUCCACGAAGGAUGUGGCAAGGACAGCGAAGCUGAAGGGGCUGUUGACAACGGAGUUGUGAGAGUUGUGCGAGGAUUACCUUUCACCUGCUUUGGAAAUGAACGCAGCUGCCUGCGCUCAGAGUGACGCUGCACAGGGAGCUACUUAGCAACGUUCAGAUCCUCCUUUUGUACAAGAUUCCAGCAACCUUCUUCUCAACUGUAGAUGGACCAGUCACUCUCCAGGUAGGGUCUUACUCUAUGAGCCCUCGUCAGUCUUAAAAACAGUGGACUUCAAUUUCUGCAAUGGAGAAUGUCAGUUCCGAGAAGCUGCCGAUGAAUUGACUACUGGAGAAGCAGAUGUUCAUUAAAACGGGAAGAACCGCAAUCAUUUCAAAAGGAACAAUAGAAUUUCUGUUGGAGAUAGGUUCGUGUUGACUACUGAUCCUGCAAAGGAACUACUGACACUGAUGGAUAAUCACAGGCUGCUGGCAGCGAGAUGAAGUGGAGGGGAGAAAACAUCUCACAACAUUUUGGCUGCAAUUCUUCAAUCUGGGUUAAUCCAUUGAUAUGAAUCCCCACUGGGACCAAUGAAAGGCAAGAUCAUCCCUUUGAAAACUUAAGAGAACAGUGAACACUUCCACAUUGUCGGGUUAUUGGGGCACUCUACUCUCUGGAUCAGAGGUUCCAACCUUUUUUAUGCCAUGGACCAACAGCAUUAAGCAAGGACCCCAGACUGGGAACCCCUGAUUUAACUAUUCUGCCUCCAAAUACAGAUCAUUGGAAUUGAACUGAAGGCUGUUGUGGUAAUUGGUAAGGUGACCCCACCAUAGAAUUACACUGAUUCUCUCAAAGUCUCUGGCAGUGAUUUUAAUAACUCUCUGCAUUGAUGCUGUUGGAUAGGGUCCUUUUCAAAGGGCUUGAGGCUUUUUUUUUUAAAGGAUUAUAUAUUUGAGAGUUGCUUCUUCAUCAAUUCAAGGCAUUUGGAGCAAAUGAGUGUAAGGGCCACCCUGGGAAAGUAUCUGAAAGAGGCAUAUGGUUCCCACCUGGGAUCCUUUUUGAUGUCUGAAAGUGAUCAACAUGGUUUGUGAAAAAGACUUUUUUAAAAAAUUCUUGCUCUGCCUGGAAGGUCCAACCUGUAACAUUUGUAUUUUCAGGGCAUCUUGGACUAAUUCCACAUCCAAUUUCUUUUUAAUCUCUUGUGUUCUCCAUAAGCUCUGUGUUUUUCCUCUCUCCCCUCACCUUGGUCCCAAGCCCUACCUUUCUGAAAGUCUGUAAUGUGCAUUUGGUGGUUGUUUGUAUCAAAACUGUAGUGACCAGUUUUGAUGCAAACUCUCUAACUAUGGAAAGAAUUAUCUGUGCACCAUUUUCUGAGGGCUUAGGGUUGUUUUAACUGGAGGUGAUGUCUUAAUUCAUCUUGCGGGCUACUGUCCAUUCUCAUCUAUCCAGGAGAAUGCUCCCGAUUGCUUUCUCAUUCAUAUCAUUGGUAUAAAGUAUUAAUACUUAAUUGAUAUCAUAAAUGAUUAAGCUACAUAAACAGGGUCUGUCAAGACUGCACUAACCAUUACUAAUCUGAUGAUAUUCCCGUUCACUGCCACACCGGGGCAAUUAACCCAUGAAUCUGGCCGAACACCAGAGUAUCUGAAACCGUCGCCAGGAGAACGUGCAAACUCCCUCCUUGCAGACAGGAUUGAACCAGGAUCUCUGGAGCUGGUAUUCUCCUCACCAUUCACCUAUGCACUGAGCCAAUUCACAGCAGGCAAUUAGCCCAAGAACCUGUGUCUGAACACCAGAGCAUCUGAAGCAGUCACCGGGAGAGUGUUAUCGAGCGGGGAUGUGUUGAGCUGGUAAACAGCUGCACUUCCAGCCAUUGUGAGCUCACUUCCUGCUCAGUGGGCAGCAGAGUAAAUCUCAAUUUGAGUUAACACGGCACGCAGUGAGUGUCCAGGCACACAAUCGUGGCCUGUUCUGCAGCCUCAAAUUUAUGAUGUUCAGCAGGACAAAGACUACUGCUGAAAAUCUUUGUCCCACUCAGAUCAAUCAUGUCCGUCUGAACAGGCAAUGGCUCAGUGCACACUUUAAGGAUUCAUGAAAGUACUAUUUCAGCAUGCAGUUCAUUUGCCUGCUGUGACCAGCCUUUAAAAUCUCGUUACGGAAGGCAUGAACAUACUGUACUGUACUUCACCUCCCAUUCUCGGGCAGGGAAGAUGUCUCCAUGUUAAUUAUCACUUUGUCUCACUGGUGCCACAGUUUUCCCUUUUUAAUCAUAGGAUCUGCUUCUUGCUGGUUGAUACAUUUCUUCCCCUCCCAGUGUGCCCGGGUUCAGACUGUUACUGAGUAUUAGUGGUGGGUGAUAAAGGGGAGAGGAUGUCACACUUGGUCCCUCCUACUCAUUGCUCAUUCUGAUUCCUGGGCUUGCAGUAUUUCUCUGCAACCAGUGGAAUGCUCUCACUGGGGCUGCAAGCUCCAUUGCUUCAUCAGACACUGUACCAUAGGUAUGGCUGUGUAGCUUCAUUCAAGCUGAAUAAGAGAACUGUGUAUACUGCCAAUAUAAUAUUCCACCGGCACUUUGGAUUGAAUUUCCAUGAUAGAUGGCAAUGGCAUCUACCUCUUUUGUGAACGUCAAUACAUUCACAUGGUAGGGAAAGAGGCCCAUUCAGCCCAACAUCCAUGCUAACCAAAAUGCCCAUCUGAGUUAGUCUCAUUUGCUUAUGUACCUCUCCAUACAUUAAUAGUUCUCCUGCAAAUCGUCCUGCACUCCUCCCUCGGUCUAUAAAAACCCAAUGGAUGAACGUUUACUCUUCUCAUUGCUGUUGUGAGAUGGUGAUGUAAAGUGACUGGCAUGUUUUCCUCUGCACCCAGCUCACAGCGUAAACAACCGAAAAGUUUUGAUGGCCCACUCUGCCAGUGUUCCUUCAUUCUUUUUAAACAAGAUUGAUUAUUGGAGACUUUAAUCUAUGCACCCAGUUGUUGGUGCUGUUGGAACAAAAAUGUUAACCAGCACAAUUCUCUUCUUUUGUCUCCUGUGGUCGUGUAACGUGUACAUUCCUGAUGUUUGCCCAUUUGUUCGUGAAAGUUGUGAAAGAACAGAAUAUGGCCCUUGUGGCUAAAGGGAUCGGGGGGUAUGGAGAGAAAGCAGGUACAGGCUGAGUUGGAUGAUCAGCCAUGAUCAUACCCAAUGGCGGUGCAGACUCGAAAGGCCGAAUGGCCUACUCCUGCACCUAUUUUCUAUGUUUCUAACAGAAGCAUCUUUUCCCAAAUCCAAGGGGUAUGGAGAAGCUGAUUAGAUAAGACCAUAGGACCAUAAGCUGUAAGGGCAGAAUUAGGCCAUUUGGCCCAUCCAGUCUGCUCUGCCAUUUCAUCAUGGCUGCUCUGUUUUUUCUCCCAGUGCCAAUCUCCUACCUUCUCCCCAUAUCCCUUCAUAUCCUGACCAAUCUAGAAUCUAUCAACCUCUGCCUUAAAUAUACAUAAACACUUGGCCGCCACACUUGCCUUUGGCAGCAAAUUCCACAGAUUCAUCACUCUCUGGCUAAAGAGAUUCCUCAACAUCUCUGUUCUAAAAGGACACCCCUCUGUUCUGAAGCUGUGCCCUUAGGUCCUACCCAUUAUAGGAAACAUCCUCUCCAUGUCCACUCUGUCUACAGUGAGAUACCCCACCCCACCACACCCCCUAUUCUUCUAAACUCCAGUGAGUACUGGCCCAGGCCAUCAAAUGUUCCUCAUUUCAUUCCCGGGAUCAUUCUUGUGAACCCCUUCAAUGCCUAAAACUGCUCACAUUACUCCAAGUGUGGUCUGACCAAUGCCCAGUUAGCCUCUUCUCAUAGUCAUAACGCUCAAUUCUGUAAGGAUCCGUCCAGUCUCCCUUUAGCUUGUCCGUCGAGGCUUGAAUUUUUUCUAGUGAAAAGGAGACUUUGUGACAUGUCAUACUUUAGUGCAGAACAUACCACGGUGAAGCUGCUUCUUUCCUCUCAGCACUACUCACUGACAGUAUACAUCUGAUUCCACAGGUCCAGGAAGCACGAGGUUCAAGCCCUGAAAAAUGAUGCCCAAAAUACUUGAGGCAACACUUGCACUUUGUAGUACUUGAGGAAAAUGCCCCAGCCAGUUAAAAUGACCUUCAGACUAUUUACCUGGCUUUCCGGCCCUAAGAAAAGGCCUCGGACCAAAACAUUGACUCUUUUGUUUCCCUCCAUUGAUGCUGCUUGAUUUGCUGAGUUCCUCCAGCGUUUUGGGUGUGUUACUCACGCUGUUGACCCAGGUAGUGAAGGGGGGGGGGCCUAGGUUUAAUUUUCUGAGUUUGUUUAUUUAAAUUUGUUCAUGGUGGCUGAUGACACUGGCAAAGCAUGAACUUCCCUUGCGUCUCCAACUAACCGUUGAACUGUGGAGCUUGAAUAGAGUACACUGUGGGGAUAUAAUUCCACAAGACCAGUUAAGGACGAACAGUUCCCCACAACACUUUCGUGAAGCUUUAUUUAACAAUUUAACCCCUAACUGUUACACUACGCCAUAGUGGUUAGCGAGACACCUUUAGAGCUUAGGGCAUCGGAGUUCGGAGUUCCAUUUGGGCGCCAACUGCAAGGAGCAUGUACAUUCUUCCCAUCACCACUUGGGGUUCCUCUAGUUGCUCCAGUUUCCUCCCACGAUCCAAAGACAUAACGGUUAGUAGGCUAAGUAGUCAUUGUAAAUACUCCUAUGAUUAGGCAAGGGUUAAAUCGGGUUGCCCGUGACACGGCUCAUUGGGUCGGAAGGGCCUGUUUCGUGUUUUAUCUCUAAAUAAAAUCUGGUAGUUCCAUUAUCAUUGAUUCCAGCAAGUUUUAAUUCCAAAUUUAGCAUUUGAAUUUCUCUGCCAUUGUGGUGGGAUUUGACUUGAUCUCUGGAUCAAUUUUCCAGACUCUGGUUACUCAUCCACUCGUUUAACUUCCAUGCAACCAUGCCACAACUUCACCACCCUAAGAUCUCAGCUGGCGUGGGUUUUACUGCAAAAUUCUAUGAAGGAUGAGGAUAAAUUUUAACGCAACACAUUGUUCUGACCGGAUGAUAAAAUGCCUAAAAAUAGAAGCUAGAAGGGAAUUUCAAAACCAAUUUUCUGGGAGGGUGGUAUGGCACUAAUAUGAAAAAUACAGCAGGUGGUGGAAAGUUGAAUUACGAUUACAAAGUUCAGACAGCAUCUGUGGAGAGGAAAUGGAGAUAAUGUAAUUGGCAUUGUUAUUGAAGAAAAUGCAUCACAUUUUUUAAAACAUUGACAGAAAUAGAUCAGCCAUGAUGAAAUGGCAGAGCAGACUCGAUGGGCCAAAUGGCUUAAUUCUGCUCCUGUAUCUUAUGGUCUUAUAAAUGCCAUGGGUCACAGAAAAUGUUCAACACAGAAAGAGGCUACUCCGCCCACUGAGUGUAUACCGUUUUAAAACAGCACAGUAAGUUUUGUGAGAAAUUAACAGUCUGGAUUUUGGAGCACAAUAACGAUGGUCCUGGCCACGGGUUGCCAGUUGAACAAUCUUACCUUUGAUGCCUGCUUAAAUUGAAUACCCCUGAAUCUGACUCAUACAAGAUGAUCACUUUAUGUGCUGGGUGGUUCUUGUGUUAAUACCCUUGAGAUAGAAGUAGCAAAUUUCUAAGUAUACAUUUAGUAGCCAAUGCACAAGGUAGGAUCACUGUCUCCAGAUAGAAUUUGCUGUUAAUUUAUAGUUCUAGAACUUUAUUGUUCAAGUGCAAUUUUCACUAGUCCUUGAGCUGUAAUUUAUUUUUUGAUUCAAAAAUGCACAUUCUGUUCCAUCUUCACGAUUAGUUUUUGUAUAGACAAGUAUGAAGGGCACAACAUUGGUAUUGGUAAAAGUAAAUGUGAUUUGUAGUUUAAAUAGUCUUUUGUACAUUUAUACAGUGUGCUUUUUAUUUUUGCUCUUACAAUAAAAAUGUACUUUCAUCCCA